AUGGAAAGAGUAACCAUGGAGAGGGUAACCGAGCAAGUAGAGUGUGAGUAUGAAGCUUUCAGAAGGGCUUGCAUGUUAGACAAUCAGGCAUGUGUUGCGUUGGAGUCUCUAGGUGCUGCAAAAACUGUUUCUCAGUAUCAACAGCAAGUCGACGAACAACAAGCACUUCAGCUUUACGAAAUGAACGACAAUGGUCUCACCCCUGUGCGCCGCUCCACCAGAAUCAGCAACAAGCUUAAGGCUUCACUCUCUCAGCCUUCCACCAGCUCGCAGCCUCCCAGAAUCACUUCCAAACCUUCCAAAAUCACUUCCAAAUCUUCCAAAAGCACUUCCAUUAUCCCUCAGCCUUUAACCAUCAAUUUUCCACAGCCACUUUUUAACCCAGCACAAGACAAGGUCUCUUUGCAUAAAAAAAGGAAGAGACCUGCUAAGACUACUGUCUUAGACCUACUGGAUGGUUCUGCUAAGCGCUGUGAUAGCAAAGGCAGAGGUAGUGUCUACGAUCCAGUUGUGGGGAUAUGCUGCCAUUUUUGCAGGCAAAAGAAACUGUGUGGUGAAGAAGACUGCAAGAGAUGUGGCAAUCUGGAUGUGAAUGAACCAUGCAUGGGAAAGACCAAUUGUUCUGCCUGCAACUCUAGCACUGGUGUUUUUUGCAGAGCAUGCCUCAAGGUUCGAUACGGUGAAGAAAUGGAUGAGGUCAAAAAGGACACCGGAUGGCUCUGUGCUCAUUGCUUAGAGAAAUCAGGCACACGUCCUUACUGGAUAUGUAACAGUUCAAUAUGCAUGAGGAAACGAAAGAUAGCUCCAACUGGUAUAGCAGUAUACAAAGGAGUUAUGUUAGACUUGUCAUUUGCUUUUGUAAUUCUCUAG